CUUUAGUGAGAUGGGACAGAGCUCAGAUAACAACUUCUUUCAGGAGCUAUGCUACUGUAAAAUCAGGAAAGGUUGUACAAGUGAAGAAGAAAAAGCGGCUGGAUGAAAUAUGUCUUGAAAAAUAUCAGCAAUACAGUAGAUCUAUCAUCCAAUCAUGGAUUUUGCAAGGCAAAGUGUAUGUGGAUGGAAAGGUGAUAAUAAAGCUGGUACCCCUGUACCUGAAAAGGCUAUUGUGGAGAUAAUAGCUGAUGUUCCCAAAUAUGUAUGUAGAGCUGGGCAUAAGUUGGAAGCUGCCAUCGAACAGCUUGGUGUUGAUGUUACUGGUAAAGUAGCCCUUGAUUCUGGGCUUUCAACUGGAGGAUUUACUGAUUGCUUACUUCAGUAUGGUGCAUCACAUGUUUAUGGUGUUGACGUAGGUUAUGGACAGGUAGCUGACAAAAUUCGAAGAGAUGAACGUGUAUCAGUGAUAGAACGGACAAAUUUAAGAUAUCUUACUGAACUCCCACAAAAUGUUGAUUUGGUGACUUUAGACCUCUCAUUCAUCUCUAUUCUCUUGGUCAUGCCUGCUGUGGUGAAUGUCAUGAAGGAAAAUGCAGCAUUAGUGACUUUGGUUAAACCACAAUUUGAAGCUCGUAGAUCUCAAGUAGGAAAAGGAGGGAUAGUUAAAGAUCCCAUUGUUCAUCAAGAGGUCCUUGAGAGGAUUAUAACGGGAGUAGAGAAUUUUGGUUUCUGUUGUAAAGGUUCGAUUGAGUCUCCUCUGAAAGGUGCUGAGGGUAAUACAGAAUUCCUUGUUCACUUCAACAGAAUCCAAAGUAAAGCUUCUGAAGAUAAAGGACCUGAAGAUAUGGAGUAAAUUAUAGAAUUUCAUUCUUAAAUGCAUCUUUUUAACCUUAGGAAAAGAUUGUCAUUUUGGAAGAUGUGACAUGCAGGUGAGAUGUAUUCUUGUAUAGUGACGAGUAGUUGCGCCAUUGAAUGAUAAUGGUAAAAUUUUGUAUCAAACCAUGGAAAGAAAUUACUGACGAUUAUUGAAUGUGGUGGAUAAUAUAAACAUGGUGUCUUUAGCAUGGAAA